AUGGCCCAGGAGGACGCCAUGUCUGUUGCGGAGGAGCACAUCCUCAUCGACCCAGAGGAAGAGAAGAAGCUGCUUCGCAAAAUCGACAUGCGUCUGAUGCCCACCAUAUGGGUGCUGUACCUCUUGUCAUACGCGGACCGAACCAACAUAGGGAACGCCAAAGUUGCCGGCAUGGCUGACGAUCUCCAUCUGACCUCGAACCAGUACUCGAUGACACUCGUCAUCUUCUUCAUCACUUAUGUCAUUUUCGAAAUUCCAAGUAACCUCAUCCUCGCCCGGACCAGACCUUCACUCUACAUCCCAGCCAUCAUGGUCGCCUGGGGGGUUGUCACCUGCUGCAUGUCUCUUGUCCACAGCUAUGAGGGUCUCUUGGCCACUCGCGUUGUUUUGGGCAUCUUCGAGGCUGGCUUCGCCCCAGGCAUCAUGUUCAUUCUUUCGUCGUGGUAUAAAAAGCACGAGCAGGCGAAGCGCUUCACCAUAUUCUAUUCCGCGGCCGUGCUUUCAGGCGCCUUUGGGGGUAUUGUAGCCGGUGCCAUCACAGGGAGUCUGGACGGCGUCCAUGGCAUCCGGGGAUGGAAGUGGCUCUUCAUCAUCGAAGGCGUUGCCACCAUCGGCUGCGCAAUCAUCGCGAUCCCACUGCUCCUUGACUUCCCAAUGAACACCCGAGGCUUUACCCCCGCGGAAAGGGAACUUGCCAUCCGGCGCUUGCUGGCCGACAAUGUCACAGCGAGAACAGAAGAUGAGGCUCCGAUGGCUCACCUGGAGGCGGUCCGCAAAUCGCUGACGGACUGGAGAGUUUGGAUGCUGGCAAUUGGAUACGUGUCUCUGGGAGGAUCAGGAACAAUGUCAUACUUCUACCCAACUCUGGUUCAGGGCUUGGGAUACACUUCGCAUAUGGCUCAGUAUAUGACCACGCCGAUUUACGCCGUGGCAUUUGUCUGCUGUCUCGUUACAGGAUACUUGAACGAUAAGUUCCCUACUGUUCGUGGCCUUUUCGUGGCCGGCUUGGUUGGUGUUGCUUGCAUCUGUGCGAUCGUCGUGUGUGCUGUAUACAAUUUCGUCGCGCGAUAUGUUCUACUGGUCUUUAUGGCAUCUGGGCUGCUUUCGGGAAAUGCACUCUCUCUAGCCUAUGCGUCCUCUACCUUUGCCCCAAUGAGGGCGGAAGUGAGGGCCGUCAGUCUUGCCUGGGUCAACACCAUAGCCAACUUGUCUGGUGUUUUCGGGGCGUACUUCUUCCCUUCAGAGGACGGGCCCAAGUACAUUAUGGGAUUUGCUCUCGUUUCCGGUUUGAGUGCAUUGUGCGUCCUCGUCUACGGAUCAUCGCACUUCUUGAUUCGUAAAUAUCCUGCUCAUCAAUAG